GAUAAGUCAAGAGAACACCCGGAUGUCCAAAUUUGGAAUGUUGCGCAUGCUCUAUUCCUUCUGGACCUUUCAGCUACCGGCGUCGCAAGUACAGCUCCUUUAAGCCACCAGUAUGACUCUCAAAGUAGGAAUCAAUGGAUUUGGACGUAUUGGACGUCUGGUGAUGAGAGCUGCCCUAGACAAGGGGGUAUCAGUUGUAGCUGUUAAUGAUCCUUUUAUUGACCUUGAAUACAUGGUGUACAUGUUUAAAUAUGAUUCCACACAUGGUCCCUUUAAAGGAACAGUUGAAGCAAAGGAUGGAAAACUUGUCAUAAAUGGAAAUGCUAUUACUGUAUUUGGAGAGAGAGAUCCAACAGCUAUCAAAUGGGGAGACGCUGGUGCAGAAUAUGUUGUUGAGUCUACUGGUGUCUUUACAACCAAAGAUAAAGCAUCUGCCCAUUUUAAAGGAGGUGCCAAGAAAGUUGUUAUCUCAGCACCAUCAAGUGACAGUCCUAUGUUUGUAAUGGGUGUCAAUGAGGAAAAAUACACAAAAGAUCUUACUGUUGUCAGCAAUGCUUCCUGCACAACCAACUGCUUGGCUCCUCUAGUUAAAAUUAUCAAUGAUAAAUUUGGUAUCGUAGAAGGAUUAAUGACCACAGUUCACGCAAUGACCGCUACACAAAAGACCGUUGAUGGUCCAAGCAUGAAGGACUGGAGGGGAGGCAGAGGUGCAUCCCAAAAUAUCAUCCCAUCCUCAACAGGAGCAGCUAAAGCAGUCGGUAAAGUCAUUCCAGAACUCAAUGGUAAAUUAACAGGAAUGGCCUUCAGGGUACCAGUUCCAGAUGUGUCAGUAGUAGAUCUAACAGUUAGACUAAAGAAUGGUGCAUCUUAUGAUAACAUUAAGGCCGCCAUUAAAGCAGCAUCUGAGGGUCCAAUGAAGGGUGUUAUGGGAUACACAGAAGACGAUGUUGUCUCUGAAGAUUUCCGUGGAGACAACAGGAGUAGCAUUUUUGAUGCCAAAGCUGGAAUCGCUCUUAAUGAUAACUUUGUAAAACUUGUUUCAUGGUAUGACAAUGAGUAUGGAUACAGCUGUAGAGUGAUUGAUCUAUUACUACACAUGAAUAAAGUAGACAGUGCAUAGACAGUCAACAUUAUAAAUCCCUUUGCUUUUAAUAUGAACAAACUGAAUUCCUUGGAUGGACAUGUUUUAGUGCUAAUUGUUGGGUGUUUACUUUCCACUUUUGGAAAUUUGUUUUUGUUUACAGACCUUAGGUCUUUUUACUCCUAAUACAACUGACAUAAUAAAGUAUAAUUUAUUAA